AUGAAGGAGUUGUUUUGCUUAUUUACCUAUUUCUCUUUUUAUUUGUUCAAUUUUUCCUUUAGAGCUUCAAUGAACCACCCUGAUGAACUUGAAGGGUCGGCGACCUCUGGGGUUCUCUGCCCACUGACAGCAUAUGAGGAGGUUCCCCCGACGAAAACAAGGAGCCAGAUAAUUAAGGAACAACUGUUAGAUUUAGAAAAUUACUCGUUCGAAAUCCCUGACCGGCCGGAAGGUGAUCCGUCAGGGAAAUUGGCCUAUCUGGACAUGUGUGAACAGCUACACAAGGAGUCAUUUAUGAAGUUUCCUACCCACAGCGUCGCGAACAGUCUUUGCGAGGGCAAAGAAUCAUUGGACGUCAGUUUUUUUGCCCUUGGAAAGAAAGGAAGUGCUGCGUUGGCUGCCGCUCUGCGAGUUAAUCUUACAAUCAGAAAACUUUCCCUCUUGAGGAACCACAUUACUCCUUCGGGUGCCAUGGAGAUUGCACGGGCGCUUUCCGAAACGAAGGUAGUCUCCGAUCUUGACUUAAGUGAGAACUUGCUGGGGCUGACAGAUGCAGAUGAUAUCCAAGGGGGUGCCGUGGUAGCUGAGUUCCUUAAGCCAGGAAACGUUUUGAAGACGCUAUCCCUCCGGGACAACAAGUUAAGUGACCAGCAUGUCACUGAGUUUGCGGAGGCGGCAAUCGACAACACUGAAUUGCACUCUCUUGACCUGAGCUUCAACAGGAUUGGUUACAUUGGUGCCAUUGAAUUAGCAAACAUUCUUUCUAAGAACGCAGACCUUCAGGAAAUAAAUCUAGAGUGGAACCAAUUUCAAACGAUUGGUAGCCGCCAUAUACUUGCCGAAGGACUUCUUUUGAACAACACAAUCAAGCGCUUCAACAUGAGUUGGAAUGGAUUAGAUGAUGCUUGUGGGGUGCUUGUAGGUCGUAUUAUUAGUGAAAAUGAUAUUGAAGAGAUUGUUGUCGCUCACAAUAGAAUUGGACCGGCAGGGGCGGAAGCUAUCGCAAAGGGACUUCUUAAUACAUCUGCGCUAACCACACUAAUCCUGGACGACAAUCCCAUGCAAAACGAGGGUUGCGCUGCAAUUCUUCGUGUCGUCGGGGAGGCAGCUACUCUUACGAACGUUAGCCUUCAGCAAUGUCGAUGUGACUCCAGCGUUGUGCUAGAAGCCGAUCGAGUGAUGAAGGAGGUUCGCCCGGAUUUGGAUAUCCGAAUAUCUGAAGGUUGCUGUGCCAAGGUAGUGAUGUAA